UGCUCAUCAUCAUCAUCCAUUCACCACAACCCACCGCCCGACCAGUCCUUCUUACGAUCUAUUCCUCCCCGUCAUCCUACGAGCAGAUCACCCAUCACUCCACACACACAAACACACACUCGCACAUCAGACACAAUGGGAAAGGAGGAGUUCAAGGACGGUGACAGCAAGAAGGGCGCCAACCUCUUCAAGACACGAUGCGCGCAAUGCCAUAACCUGAAGGAGGGCGAGCCCAACAAGAUCGGACCCAACCUUCACGGCCUCUUUGGCCGCCACACCGGCCAGGUCGAGGGCUUCGCAUACUCGGACGCCAACAAGCAAAAGGGUAUUGAAUGGAAUGAGGGCACACUGUUCGAGUACCUCGAGAACCCGAAGAAGUACAUUCCCGGCACCAAGAUGGCUUUUGGUGGUUUGAAGAAGGGCAAGGACAGGAACGACCUGAUCACUUACCUGCGCGAAGAGACGAAGUAGAGCAGAGGACGGCGAUGAUCACACAACAGUAGCCACCCACCACGAGGUGGCAAGAAAGGAGUUAGCAUCACACCAUUCGACCUGUAUCAGUACAUACAACAACUUAGACGCCCGCUCUGAUGGUUGCCGUGGUGUGCGACAGGAAGGGGCGGGUCGGUGGCCGAUGAGCAUGGUUUAGAUUUUUGCUUUUCUUUUUUUGUGCUAUAACUAUCUGCAUCAUCGGGUGGUGGUAAAAAGGAGGUCGACAUUUUAAAGAAGACCUCCGGAAUAUCAAAUUCUUCUCUCCUC